AUGUGGACAGAUGCCCAGAAAGACCUUGACAUCCAGCUCCAGAGAGAAAAAGAAGAGUUCCUUCAGCCAGAGAAGGACCCUGUGAGAGUAUUCAAGAUGUUAGUCACUUCCUACAUCAAAUACAUACAAAUCUUCCGUAACUUGGAGGCAGCCCAUGACCAACUCAUUCACCGGCAGAAACGGACAGCGAUUCGGCAAGUGCUAGAUGGUGUGAUUGGCCGGAUCUUGGAGAUUAAAAAAGAAAUGGUGCAGCUAGAGAACUCGGAGUUUCACUACAUUCAUGACAUCCUGGAAGAUCUAAAGCUUCUCCCUCAAGACAUAGAAGUACCUAUCCCAAAGUAUUUCAUUAAAGAAAGGCUGGAAGUCCUGCAGCAGAGGGAGAAAAUCCUUUGUCAGAUUUUGGUUGAUAGUGAAUUGCAAACACAGGUAGGUAAACCUAUUCAGGAUGUGACAUCUGAAGAAGCCAUUAAAACAAGCCAGACAGCAGAACAGGCUCGCCAAGGCCACCGUGAAGCAGCAUUCAUGAAGAAAAUUUUCCUUCAAAAGAAAAUACAAUCUAAACUUCGAGGCCAGAUGGGUCCAAAUCUAGAUGCUGCUGCCACUUGCAUUCAAAAG